CCGCCACAUGUCGAUCAAGGCGUUGUUGCUGGUGGUGGAUGUGAGCAGUCGCAAAGGUAUAAGAGUCUAGUCGCUCGCGGUAGGUGAGCGAUCCCUACCCAUUCUUCAGCAGUCGUGUCACCAUCUCUCGUUCGUCAUUACCUCAGUACCCUUUGUAAACAUGCACUUCACACAUGUUGUCUCCGUCCUCGCAGCGUCACUUGUACUGUCGGAAGGAGCCACCAGUCCAUUCAGCCCGAAUCCGCCGUCCUACCUUGGCUGCAUAGGAGGACCCAUGCGGCAAUGGCCCGGGUGUGCUAAUACAGCUCCCGCCCAAACCAACCUAACCAACGUGGUAACAACGUUCGCAAACGUGACUUGCAGCAGCUAUACCGGUCCGUUUGGCGUCGCUUACGACACUUAUCACCCCGGCCGAGCCUUCGUUGUGGUAGGCUCGACGCUCCAUGUCCUCGACACCAGUGGCUUCACUCCAACGGUCCUUCAGUCGAUCACUCUCGGUAACAUCACUGUCGUUCUGAUGGCCGGAGGCAUCGAGCUUACGAUUGAUGGUCGAUUCAUCAUGGUCGCUACCGGCAGUAAUUGGCUGAUUAUCGUCGAUGCGGCAAAAGCUCUUGCCGGAUGCUCUGACGCGGUAGUCGGCAGGAUUCCCGGCAAUCUGGCCGCCGGCAGCAGCGCCGUCCUUCUCACUGUCUCUCCCAACAAUGAGUACGUUUUUGUUAGCCAGGAGGACGGGAACACAGCAACGACCGCCGUAAACGGGACCCAGGUCGGCACCGUCGAGGUUUUUAAACUGAACACUCCACUUGGUGGCACCAAUGACACCGUGACUGGCCGAUCGAUCGGCUACAUCGAGCUCGGCCUCCUCGUCGUCGGAUCCGUCCUUUCUGGAGACGGCCAGUACCUGUACGUCGCCAGCGAGCGGAAGUCCGAGACUGUGGGCCAAGGCACCAUCACCGUUUUGUCCGUCCCUAAGCUUGAGACCCAACCCAACACUUCAUUCGUAUCGCAGGUGGUAACAGGCUGCGGUCCCGUACGCCUGCUACUUUCCUCAGACGGAUCUACUUUCUGGACUAGCGCACGCGAAAGCAAUCUUCUGCAGGGUUUUGACACCAGCAAGUUGAUUUCGGAUCCCGACAAUGCGCUCAUUGCCUCGGUUCAAGUCGGCACCCAGCCGGUGGAUCUCAUUUUCGCGAAGAACGAGACUCGCAUAUUGACCGCAGACUCGAGCCGUUCUUACGUUAAUGCGAGUGCAGGCAUCAGCGUGGUGGAUGUUGAGGCAGCAUUGGCUGGGAACAUGCAUGCGUCCCUUGGGUCUAUCCCAACAGGUUACUUUCCGCGCCAAUUGGCAGUGAGCCAUGACGGAAAUACAGUCUUGGUAUCCUUGUACUGCUCUUGCCAAGUGCAGACGAUCGACGUUGCUACGCUGCCCUGAUUGGACGAUCGCCAGCGUUUGCACUGGACUUGUGCUCAGUGAAGGUGGGUAGCAAGAUAGACACGGCCUUCGAAUGAAGCCAGCAGAUUGCGCUGGUAGACAAAUAGUACACUACAAUUGCUGCGAGAUGGCAGCGAUCUGCCUUCUCGUACACAUCGCGGAAGUGACAGCUUUUCUUCUG